GUUUUCCUCUUUCACAAGUUGUAUUCCGAUCCCGAUAAGAAAUGAUGUACAGAUUGAGUGAGUGACCAGCGACCUUUUUUCCCUCAAGCUUGAAUUGUUUUGGAUUGAGACCAUGAAGAAUGAAGGGAGCUUGGAAAAGGAAAACUCUCAAAAUUCUAGCACUUUUGACUUGUGUGUACAUUCUUUUUAUGUUUUUGAUGCAAAUGCAGCUGCAUUUACAGCAAGGGAAUGUUGAUUUUCUCACUGAAGACCAGGAUCAUGUGAAUAAUUUUAUUUCACCCAAGCCUGACACUUGUUACCAAGGACCCACAGUGUCAUUUGAUUCCAGAAAAACAGCUGACUUCCCUCUACAAGCCUCAAACUCAGGGACUACAGAAAUAUGCAGUAUACCACAAAACACUGCUGAUGUAAAGAUGGAGGCAUUAUGGCACACAUUGGAUGUAUCUUACCCCUUGGCUUUGUCUGUCAGUGGUUGGCUUGAUGUUAUUCGUGUACAUAUGUGGACGACCAAACCUUUGAAAGUCAUCAUUGUGCCCCACUCCCACCAGGAUCCAGGCUGGCUGUACACCUUUGAGGAGUAUUUUGCCUCCUAUGCCAACAGGACCCUUAGCUUAAUAACAGAUCAGCUCACAAGAAACAGUGCGUGGAGAUUUGUUUGGUCAGAAGUGUGCUGGUUGGAAAGAUGGUGGGAAAAUGCCUCUCAAAAACAGAAAAAUGACAUGAAAAGGCUGAUUACGAAUGGUCAGUUUGAGAUCCUCUCUGGUGGUUGGGUCAUGCCAGAUGAGGCGGUGGUCCAUUACAGCGCCAUGUUAAAUCAGCUGAUUGAUGGCCAUCAGUGGCUGCUAACUAACAUUGGAACUGUACCAAAUAUCAGCUGGUCUAUUGACCCUUUUGGACAUUCUCCAACCAUGGCUUAUUUACAGAGAAGAAGUGGAAUCAAGGCAAUGGUGAUCCAAAGAAUUCAUUUUGGAAUCAAGAGAUUUUUGGCCAAAAAUCAGAUGUUAGAGUUCCAGUGGACACAGAUGUGGGGUAGGGACUCUUCUACAGGCAUAAUGACCCAUGUGUUGCCCUUCCUCUCCUAUGCCAUUUCUUAUUCCUGUGGUCCAGAUUCACAUGUUUGCUGCAAGUUUGACUUUAGUCACAAAAAGUGCUAUCAAGGCGGAAAGCGAAAACCAAGUCUUGAAAUUGAUGAUAGUAAUGUUAAAGAAUUGGCAUGGUUACUAUGGGAACAGUUCCAGAAGAAGGCCGAAUUAUUCCGUGAGAAUGUUCUCUUGGUGCCACAUGGAGAUGACUUUCGAUACAGCAACCUGAAAGAAUGGGAACAGCAGUUUGGGAACCUCCAGAAGUUAAUAGCUUACAUAAACGGCAAUCCUGAAAUGAACACUGAGGUUAUUCUCUUGUAGUCAUGAAGUUCUU